AUGAGCACCCUGGACUUGGCCCGGGUGGGCGCGUGCUUGCUGAAGAACGCAGUGACGGGAGAGGCCGUGGAGCUGCGGAGCCUGUGGCAGGAGCAGGCAUGCGUGGUGGCUGGGCUGCGGCGCUUCGGCUGCAUGGUGUGUCGCUGGAUCGCUCGGGACCUCAGCAGCCUCAAGGGGCUCCUGGACCAGCACGGCGUGCGCCUGGUGGGUGUGGGGCCUGAGGCCCUGGGCCUACAGGAGUUCCUGGACGGAGGCUACUUCGCGGGAGAACUCUACUUGGAUGAGAGUAAGCAGUUCUACAAGGAACUGGGCUUCAAGCGGUACAACAGCCUGAGCAUCCUGCCUGCUGCCCUGGGGAAGCCAGUGCGGGAUGUGGCCGCUAAGGCUAAGGCUGCCAAUAUCCAGGGGAACCUCUCUGGGGACCUGCUGCAGAGCGGAGGGCUACUGGUGGUCAGCAAAGGUGGUGAGAAGGUGCUGCUGCAUUUUGCCCAGAAGUCCCCAGGAGACUACGUUCCCCAGGACAGCGUUUUGCAGGCCUUGGGGAUCUCUGCAGAGGGCUGUGGCACUGAGCCACCCCAGUGUGAUGAGGAGAUGUGUGGAAGGUGA